AAAUGUAUUAAUUUAACUUACAUAGCUAUUUCUGCACUUCAGAGAUUAUUCAAAAUUACUAGUACUUUAAACGCCGCACCUUUUUGCUGCUGGGUACUUUUCAAGCAAUAAAUGAAAUAUUAGUUGGCAACAGUAACAGCUGAUCGCUACAUCGCUUUCACAUAACAUAUCAGCUGACUUCUACGAAGAAAAUAAUAAAACAAAAGUGUAAAAUGUCAACAAAAGUAGUUGCAACAGCUACAGUUCGCGCGCUGAAAGGACGUAAACUUAUACCAACAAGGGCAGCACUUAUUCUGACGGCAGCAGCAGUAAAACGCAUUAAAGAAUUGUUAACACAAAAACCAGAGUUCACAGGGUUAAAAGUUGGAGUAAGGCAACGUGGUUGCAAUGGACUUUCAUACACAUUAGAUUAUGCUAAAGAAAAAGACAAGUUUGAUGAAGAAGUAAUACAAGACGGUGUUAAGGUUUUUAUAGACAAAAAAGCACAGCUGUCAUUGCUUGGUACUGAAAUGGAUUUUGUAGAAAAUAAGCUCUCCAGCGAAUUUGUUUUUAAUAACCCGAAUAUUAAAGGAACUUGCGGUUGCGGUGAAUCAUUUAGUUUUUAAAAACGUUUAAUAUAUAUAUACAUAUAUAUAUAUAUAUUGGCACAAAAUUUGGCACCCACUAAACACGCAAUAAAAUAAUUUCAAAAUUUCGUUGUUUUCACAGAACAUGUAUUAUUUAAGACUAUCUUCAGUUCAAAUGAAAUACUCAAAAUAACAACUUAUAUAGUUAACAAUAUAUAAUAUUUGCUUAAAUUUGUGUUAGCGAAGUGUUAAAAUUACAUUUAUGUAUAAGUUAUAAAUAUUAGCUGAGAAUAAAUUCAAAGUCGACAGAGA